UACUUUAUUCCGCCACCAAAAAAAAAAGGUUUGUUCUAUUCUAUCCGGUCACUCUCAGUCACCGAGAUACACAAACACUAUUACACUACACACUCAGAGCCAUGAAUCAAUGAUGCACACUGCGCACCUUCACUCAAUCCUUCUCCAUUCCUACGCGCUCCUUAAUCACACUCUUUACUUUCACUAAUUAACACUAAUCUCGACUUAAUCACUUUACAUACAACCACCCAUCGGAAAAAGUAACCACUAGAUCUCGAUCUCCGAUGUCGUCACGGUGGCGCUUCUUCCUUCUUUUUUUACUCUCGUUCACAGUUACUUACACAAUGCCGAUUCCAACCACUUUUUCUGUAAGACUAGUUCACCGGUUCUCCGAAGAAAUGAAACCGGUUCGGGUUUCGACCAGUGACUGGCCGGACCGGCGGAGUAUGCGAUAUUAUCAGAUGCUUCUGGAAAACGACUUUCUCAGACACAAGAUCAAUCUCGGUGCUGCUCGCCACCAGUUUUUGUUCCCUUCUCAAGGUAGCAAAACGAUGUCGUUUGGUAACGACUUUGGAUGGUUACAUUAUACAUGGAUUGAUAUAGGCACACCGAGUACUUCGUUUCUUGUAGCGUUGGAUGCAGGGAGUGAUCGUCUUUGGGUUCCCUGUGAUUGCAUACAGUGUGCUCCCUUGUCUGCGAGUUUCUAUUCCAAUUUGGAUAGAGAUUUGAAUGAGUAUAGUCCCUCUCGUUCGUUAUCCAGCAAGCAUUUAUCUUGCAGCCAUCGGUUAUGUGAUACGGGUUCAAAUUGUAAAACUAACAAGCAGCAGUGUCCGUACACGGUCAAUUAUUUAUCAGAGAAUACAUCAAGUUCUGGGUUGUUAGUUGAGGACAUAUUGCAUCUUCAAUCCAGCGAUGGCAGCAGUGGCAGCAAAUCUAAUUCUUCUGUUCAGGCUCCAGUUGUUUUCGGGUGUGGUAUGAAGCAAAGCGGUGGUUAUUUAGAUGGUGUUGCUCCGGAUGGUCUCAUUGGUUUGGGACCUGGGGAGAGUUCAGUUCCGAGUUUUCUUGCUAAAUCAGGAUUAAUCCGUGAUUCUUUUUCGCUGUGCUUUAAUGAAGAUGAUUCUGGUAGAUUAUUUUUUGGUGACCAGGGACCAAUCGUGCAACAGUCUACUCCAUUCUUGCCCUUGGAUGGAAUGUUUUCAACUUACAUUAUCGGAGUGGAGGCGUGUUGUAUCGGGAGUUCUUGUCCUAAAGUAACAAGUUUUAAUGCUCAGUUUGAUAGUGGAACAUCAUUUACGCUUCUUCCUGGUCAUGCAUAUGGAGCAAUAGCUGAGGAGUUUGACAAACAAGUAAAUGCUACACGAACUACCUUUCAAGGAUCUCCUUGGGAGUAUUGUUAUGUACCCAGUUCGCAACAGCUGCCUAAGAUUCCUACAUUGACACUAAUGUUCCAACAGAAUAACAGUUUUGUGGUCUAUAAUCCCGUGUUUGUAUCUUACAACAAUCAGGGAAUCAAUGGAUUUUGUUUGGCAAUACAGCCAGCCGAUGGGGAUCUGGGAAUAAUUGGGCGUAAGUUUACAUAUUUUCUCUACAAAAAUAUAAUGAUUGCCCCUAUUCUUGAUUCUGGAGAAAAGGAUAUUUUGAUCAUAAUGCCAAUAAAAUUAUUUGCAGAAAAUUUCAUGACGGGAUACCGGUUGGUAUUUGAUAGGGAAAACAAGAAGCUAGCAUGGUCACACUCAAACUGUCAGGAUCUCAGUCUAGGUAAGAGGAUGCCCAUCUCUCCUUCAAAUGGGUCAUCGUCAAAUCCGCUUCCUGCAGAUGAGCAACAAAGAACCAAAGGUCAUGCAGUUGCUCCAGCUGUUGCUGGAAGGGCUCCUCAAACACCUUCAGUUGUUUCAUCUCAGAUAUCACAGAUGGUUUCAUACCGGCAACAUUGGCACUACUAUUGGUUGCUUCUAUUUCAACUUCUGUCAGUAUUUUACUAAGACUUUCACGUUCUCAUUAUUUAUAGUAGCCUGCCUAGAAAGUGUUACAUGUGUAUCUAAGUCUGUCUGUUCUGUCCUAGGUUUGUAAGUAGUUUAGAUCUUACACCGUUCAAUGCUGUCUGUUAUUUUUACCUUGUCAGCAUUAACUUCCUAGAACUCAGUGAAACAUUUAUCUUAACCUGCAUUCUAGGUCGGGUGAGGUUAUGUAAAUUAAUUUGCUUGGUAUGAAGAUUUUUUCUUAUAAACAUUUUGAAUUCAUUUUUUUUUUUA